AGGCGGGCGUCUCGACCAAUUCGACCACCGAGGCAUAUGGUAAUAUUAGUCGCAAUAACAGUAUAAAGCUGUUGUUUACGCGUAUAUUUCAACUUUUUUAGAACUGCGCGCUGAUAAUUACUGCUGGCGACUUUUAAAAACAUUCUCAUUGGUUGAUAAAUAUCGUUAUCUUUUAAAAUUAUCAUUGUAAAUUACGUUUUUAUAUUACUUUUAUGCUAUGCUAAUACACGAACGUGUUUGCAGCAAGACAGCAAUUAUCAAAAUGCUGGCAGUAUUCAAGACAAAUUUUUGCGUUCAUCUUUCGAGAAAGCAGAGGGCAAACACAUUUGUUCGUACAAUACUUGUGGAACGUGUGAACUCCAAGAGAUCGAGUUGUGCUUAAGAUUGAGGUCAUUUGUUACUUAUAUAUUUAUUUUGUCCAAGUCUGUGAGGAAUCACGAGGUAAAAUUACAACAAUAUUUUUCAAGUGCAGAGAUACUGUUCCUUCUGAUCCGAAAUUGCAAGACGCUCUCGUCCCUUCCGAAACGAUCCAAAUGAUUGAUGCAGCGACGGAAACGAGUAAUGGAGCGAAAAUCUGUCGCAGGUGACAAUGAAGGAAAAAAGGAUCAUUCCACAUGUACAGAUGGCAUUCUUGCGGAAGUGCACGACAGAAAAAGGAUUGAAGAUAACUUCGACAUAUUUGGGAAAAGCGUAGCGUUCCAAUUACGAACUAUUGAUAUUCGUAAGUGCAGUGUGUCUAUUUAUAACAGGAAAUAUCUGUCAUCGUUGAACUAGCACAGCUUGAUUUUAGAGACUGCUGGGGAAUUGGAAAAGGAAAUUCAAAAGUUGAUAACAAAAGCACGAUUAAAAGUCUUAGAAUGUAAAUUCACGGAUCAGAAUAGCAGCUCAAUCUGCUGUUGCGAUUGUAACGACUGUACAGUAAUGUGUAAAGACGAGACUUGUAGCUGCGGGCUAACAUUGAAGGAAUGUUUAUUACUUACUAAAGUCAAAGGAAGCAAGGAUUACGGAUUUUGUUACAAUUAUUAGACAACAGGGAGAAAAACUGGCGAUGAAGCGCUAACGUGGUUACAAGCGAUAUUCUCAAUUUAAAUUAUUAUUUAAAGUUGGAUUUAUAUGUAAGAGUGAUUUAUAUACAGCUAAAAAGCAAAACAAUAAAUAAGCGAUAAGAUGCAAAUAAUAUGAUCUUUUCUGCAACACUUUAUUAAUGUUUUAAAGAAUUUAAAGGACUCAGAGCCGUGACAGGGUGGUAGUGUCUAAUUUUAUUAUAUUAAUGUAUGGUACAAAUAUAUUCUGUAAAAGAAUACUUAAGUAAACAGUUAUAAAUUAUACAAUGUAUAUAAUCUUUUGCUGAUCACUUACUACUUUCAAACAGUAGAAAACUCUCGUUACAUCGAAUGUUGAAAUAAGCAGAUGUAUUCACUUAAGAUUACAUAAAUAAUUGCAGUUUCCUUCAUGUGGUUGUCAUGCAAAAUUGCGCAAGUUUUUUAUCCGUAGAAUAUGCAAAUCUUAAUUCCGCGCUGUUAACGAAUUAAAUAAUUAUGUCCUUUAAGUGGAACGAAAAUUUAACUCUCACCUUUUUAAAUGCAUAUCGAAAGCACCAGUGUCUUUGGAAUCUACAUUGUGUAAAAUACUAUGAUUGUUUGGCCAAAAAUGAAGCAUUGAAGAACAUCAUUAAAGAACUUAACAUACCCGAAUUGAAUAUGUCCGAUUGUUUAGAACAGAUCAAAGUGAUAAGAAAAAAAUAUGGGCAGGAACAAAUAAAAGUUAUCAAGGGAUUUCAAUCGAGCAAACCAUACAAAUCUCCUUUCGCUUGGUUUUCCCUAGUGGCUGGAAUGUUAGCAAAGGUGAUUGACGAUGAGGACAAGUUACAGGUAAAUGGAUUAUUUUGAAAGAGUCGUACGUCGAUAUUCAAAAACUCUUACAAAUUGUGCUCGCAUAGUUAAAUUACUAUUUACAUUAUUAUGGAUAGAACAGAAGCGAAUCGGUGCAAAUAAUAUCUCCUUCAAAAGAUUGCGUCACAACAUCGUAUGACAGACAUAACAGUAGAUCUAAUUUUCCUUGCGUUCAAGGAACGAGGCAACAUAAGACAAAACCAAGAAAAAACACCAAAUUUGCAGAAACAGGUAAAAAAGUGUUUAAGAAAUAAUCGUUUCUGUUUUAAAUUUGCUGUUAUUAAACAUCGAAUUUAUUUGUCGCACCCAAACGCUGUAUAUGCCAGGAAAUCUUGAUAUAUUAGAUCAUAAAAGCAAAGGGCAGAAUGAUGCGCAAUUACUCCAUCAGUGUCCAUCCUGUGGCUGGAAAGAUAUAAGACCUGACAAAUUGGGUUCAACUGCUGGAAAAGCUUAUGAACAAAUAAAACCGUUAGCUAUCGCAGCCCCUUGUCCAGAAUAUUCCGAUUUCGCCGAUAAACUUUACGAAGGAUACAAGGAACAUCAAUACCGAACAGCUAGAGAAAUAGAUACUAUACAAGGAAAAUAUAAUAUAAUCCCAUGUCCAGGCUUUCGCAGCGGUUUACCAAGUUAUACCCGCUAUCCUGCAGACGUGUUAACAACUCAAACUUAUUAUCCGCAAAGCACUCGCAAUUACAUAAAUCAAGCGAUGAUACCGGAACCAAUUGUUAUGUCCAAACCAAAAUCCUGUAAAAGAGAAACACAAUUAUCAACAAAACAACUAGGAACUGUCGAGCAACAUGAGGACAAAGGAAUACAAAACACAGUUUGCAUGUCAAAACUGGAGACAGAUGUUGAACGAAAGUAUUAUAGAAGGGGCCAAAGUAAGCCUUUAACAUCUCAGGAAGAGUUGAAGCAAGUAGCAGUAAAUACCACGCAAAAGGGAGAUAAAACGACUCGGAAUACAAUCUGUGCGAACCUGAGUAAUUGCCAAGCUCCUAAAAAAUGUUCCUCCACGCGAGAAGCAAAGCAAAUGGACGCGAAUACAGUGAAGUGCCCUGAAGUGGAGAGUUUGGAAGCAUUAGAUGGUAAGGAACGCCUUGAAAAUGAAGUUUGCAUUAGAGAAACCUGCUUUCGUGACACAAUGGAAAUUAUUAAACAGAGUUCUGCGGUGACACAGGCUUUACUUCGAUGCUUGGAAACAGUAAUGCAAGCAAAAGUUUCUUCCAUUACGUCGCUUCUAUCGAGGAGAGAUUAUGUAAAUUCUAAUUCCUCCGGGAUGACUGUUUGUGAGCAAAUUUCAUCCAAAUUUGCCAAUGAAAAUAGACAUUUUGCCGCUAGUUCUGCUGUUGAAUUAGAAAGUAUAAGUUGUUUACCGUGUUUAGAAAAAACGGAAACCCUUUUGGAGUUAAUGAAAUGUAUUCGUGAAUUAAACAGUGAGAAUGUGCAAAAAAGCUGCGUGAGGAAAGAGGAUGCAAUGCAUACAUUUGUCGUUUUGAGUAAAAUAAAAGAAUGUGCAGACGAAAUUUUAAAAAUAUGUAUGCUCGUGGAUUGUUCGAAGAGACAGUUGUUAAAUAAGUUUUACUCUAGAUUUAAAUCGAAAAGUAAAUGCCCUUCGAAGCAAAACUCCGCUUUAAAUUUGAUUCAAGCUCAAGAGGAAGAUGUUGUAGAACAAUCUGCAGCUUUUGCAAACUCGAAAGACAUAGAAGUACUGUAUGGUCCCUCCAUAUCGAAAGUCAGCAAUCACAAUCUUUCGGAGAAUGGCACUGCACACGUAGAGAUGAUGGAAGAACUCUUCGUCAAGGAUAAAGCUGUUCCUGCACGCACAGAGAAUCAUGAUAUCGGCUUGAAUGUGUCGGUGCCGCAGAUAUCGCUUCGUGAAGCGGGAACUCAAUAUACCCCGAAGCAAUUACAAGACACAGGAAUUGUAACUGAUCGCAGUUUUGGAGAAAAGAUAAACGUAGCCACUCAACAUCACGAGCCUAUGUUGAUUCGCGUAACCAAGUCCAAUAAUAGCGAAGGUAUUCUAAAAUUGGAUAAGGAGACGUGCGUGCGCGACGCCCAUAUUCUACGGUGGGCGAACGUCGACAAGUGGUCAAAAAAUAUGUAUCAGAAGUACUCGGUUAAAAAAUAUUACGAGCUAUCGCACCCUGUAAUGUCUCACGUACGUGAGAAAGAAGUGAAUUAUAUAGACUACCGUACGUUUUUGUUAUCAAACGGAACUUGUAGAUACAAGAAAAGAUGCAGGAGUUCAUUGCCGCGCGAUCACGACUGGACCACGGCAAAUACUCCAAAGCUUGAAUUAUCGUCGAAUCAAUAUGUCUCCAGAAUCCCAUUGUAUGCGAGAUCGCGCAAGUAUACAAGGAAAAGAACUGAAUUGCAUAGAAUGUCACAAUCAUACAAUAUAUAGCUACUUUUUUAAUGCAUGCAAUAUGACCAAUAAACGUGAAACAUAUAGAAAUAAAUCCUGUAGAUCGACAAUUAAUUCUUUGUCAAGGUCUCCAAAUAAACUACGAUUUUUUAUUCCAAUCCCAUUUUAUUACAUGAAAAUGUGAAUAUUUUCGCAAUUAGAACAUGGGUUCCUAAUUGUAAAGAAUACAUAUCUCUUGGCGUGAAUUAAAACAGACUGUUAUACGAGGGGGGGGGAGGGGGUACCAAUAUUUAAAUUUAAUAAAAUAGUAUAAGAGAUACACUUCUAUUUUUUUAGUGCUUGUUUUUACAUGUGUGUUUUAUAGGAUUUACAAAUCAGUAAUAUAGUAAUUUGCCAAUGACACUAAUCGAUUAUCAAUUAUUUCUCCUGAGUGUAUUCAUUCUUCGAUAUGUGGAUACAAAUAAUGUACAA